UCAGUGGCGAUACGAGUAAAUCAACAUGGCGGAUUGAUUUGAGUGGAAAGCAUGCAGUUAGACGAGGAAGAUAUCGAAAAUCAAAAGCCUCAGAAACCUUGUAGCGGGCUAAGAAAGGAGCUGAAGGAAUGCGUUUUAGCAAGUGAUUGUGUGAAAAAGUAUGGAUCCAAACCCAAUGACUGUUUGAACACUGAAGCGCAAGGUAUGAAUGAGGACUGCAGAAGAGUCCAGUAUGCUUUCUUUGAGUGCAAGAGAUCACUGUUGGACUUUCGCACCCGUUUCAGGGGAAGAAAAGGCUACUAAUGGAGGACCAUAGGCAUGUUGUUUCUACUGGAUUGGACAAUCAAUAAAUGCCAAUUCACAGAGAAUUGAAAUCCUCGAAGAAUUGUCAUUUAAACA